AGGUCAGCGCCUGGAGCUAGAGGUGACUUUAUCUAGUCAGCUUGCGAGGACGAACUCACGACCAACUUACAAGACGGUCGCUAGUUGUUUAGGAGUGCAACUGCACUCUGCUUCCGAAUCUCAACGCUGCGUUUAAACACCUCUGGACGUGCAUAAAACGAACUCCGUCCAGUUCCGGAACAACUGUUUGGGAAACUCGAGGCUUUCGCAAAGGCAGAUGUGUGACACAACGAGUGAAGUCGAAAAAGCGUACUAGUAAUACGCCCUUGUCAAUAAUUGUUCAAAAACUGAUUUUAAUGUGAAGCAGUGAUAAACAAAUAUAUACAUAUAUAUAACAAAAUGAAAAUCACACAGAAAUGUUUUGGAAAUAUCACAAAAAUGUUGGACUUUUACUCCCAGUUCAAUCCCUCGCCGCUCUCGAUAAAACAGUUCAUCGAUUUUGGGCUGAGUGCUUGCGAGAGAAAGUCUUUCAUCUUCCUCCGAAAGGAGCUACCCGUCCGACUGGCAAACAUCAUGAAAGAAAUUCAUUUACUGCCCGACCAUCUACUCCGAAUGCCCAGCGUCGGGUUGGUGAAUAAUUGGUACGCGACGUCGUUCGAAGAGAUUAUACAGUUUGAAAAGGCUGACAUCAACGAAAGCACUCUAGAUAAGUUCUGCCAAGCGCUUGUAAAAAUCAGGAACAGGCACAUGGACGUAGUACAAACAAUGGCUCAAGGGGUUUUAGAGCUUAAAGAUUCACACGACGUUGAUAAUCAAACUGAAAAUAGUAUUCAGUACUUUUUGGACAGAUUUUACAUGUCCCGCAUUUCGAUACGUAUGCUCAUUAAUCAACACACAUUGUUGUUCGGUGGACAGCUAAACGGGCAGAGCAGCAGGCACGUGGGUUGCAUUGAUCCUGUUUGCGAUGUGAUCGGAGUUGUUCGUGAUGCGUAUGAAAAUGCCCGGUUUUUAUGUGACCAAUAUUACCUAGCCAGUCCUGAAUUAAUAGUUAAUCAACACAAUGAACUAGAGAGAGGAAAUGAGGUCCGGAUAGUUUAUGUGCCAAGUCAUCUAUAUCACAUGCUCUUCGAACUAUUUAAAAACAGUAUGCGAGCAGUUAUGGAGCAUCACGGCGACCAGGCUGGAAACUGUCCCCCUGUUUGCGUUACUGUUGUAAGAGGCAAGGAGGACAUUUGCGUAAAGAUGUCCGACAGAGGUGGCGGAAUUCCACGUUCUCAAACGGAUCACCUCUUCAAAUACAUGUACAGCACUGCGCCCCAACCGAGCAAAUCAGAUGUUCAUACCGUGCCCUUAGCUGGUUAUGGAUACGGCCUGCCCUUGUCUCGGCUCUAUGCCAGAUAUUUUCAUGGUGAUUUAGUACUACUCAGUUGCGAGGGCUAUGGCACAGACGCGAUAAUAUACCUCAAGGCAUUGUCCAACGAAGCAAACGAGCUUUUGCCCAUUUUCAAUAAGACGUCUUCAAAAUUCUACAAGACCACCAUUCCGACUGGGGACUGGAGCAGUCAAAGUACCGGGGGAAUGGCUACUAGACAGUUUUGCGUAAGCCCUGGACACGGCCACAGGUUGCCCCACGGUAUGCAGGCCAGUCAAUGCUAGCAGCAGGCCGGCUCCGACUGCAAUCAAGAAUUGAUGGAUUGACGUAUUGUAAGCAAAUGGGCCAAUUUGGUAUUUAACCAUCAAUAUUACAGUGUACGACGUGUCGUUUCAUUUUAUUUUUAUUUAUUAUUACGGACUUCGAGUAUACGCCUUGCUACGAAAGCCAAAAAGACAUUGUCUUUCUGGGCCUUAUUAGUACUAUGUUCCAAGACCUAUUGGCUUCAAGAUCAUAAGAAUAUAGCAGUUAUUUGAAUGUGUGACGAUUUAUUCCGGUGGUGAGGUUCCUCUUCAUAUAAAACUGUAUUCUAUAUUCAGAAUAGUAGGCAGAGCACUGACGUCAAUCAUAUUGAUUUAAUCGAAGUACAAGACAACUACAGUAUUGAGAAUGUAGCAAUAAUUAAAUAAAAUGUAUAAUGCGCCGCAUCAAUCAGCCGAAACAUCAUACAUCAAAAUGUCUGCUAUAUCUCCAUGACCUUGACACCAAUAACCCUGGAAAUAUUCACGUUAUCUGAUAAUCCAAAUUGCAUUGUCAAUUGGGAUUGUUUUAAAUGGUACACUUUCAAUAUCGCAACGCAUUACAAUGUUUUUGACCGGAGAGAAGCAUAUACGAAUUUUACAUGCAAUUGAAACUAUAUUCAUGUCCAUAAAAGUAAGAAUUGUGCAAUUCUAGUAAGUGAAUAAAUUCAUAUUCACCUCCAAAUUUUAGUAAGAAAAGAAAAAGGAACGAUACAUCUGUACUCGAUAUCUUGAGAACCAUUAUUUUUUACUUUACUCUUACUUCAACAAAACAAUUCAUGCUCUUUCUUGGUUCCAAGUUUUUAAACAUUAUUUGAAACUCUCCGUUUGCGUUGUAGCCAUUAUUCAUAUUUAAUGAAUAGGAAUCAAGUCUGUUAUCAUUACAGGACUUUAUCUGCAAAAAUCACAAUAAAGUCCUAAGAGUGAAUGUUGACUACAAAUUAUGUACAAUCUCGAUACGACGCGAUACGGCACACAUGUAUAACAAAUGUUAAAAAAUGAUAAUACAAAAUGCGAUCAGUGAAAACCAAAUACUUCAACCAUCGGCUCACUCUUCAUAAGACUGGAUUCAUGUCAUAAUUGUUAGGUCUCAUGUAACACAUAUCAUGCAAUGAUUUCAAUUCUGAACGCCUGUUUACACAAUUUUCUUGAAGUCUCAAGCAUGUUUGUUAAACUCAACGCAAUAUUUCUUUGUAAGACAUAAGUAUUUACGAUUGAUUAUAACUUGCACAUGGAACCUAAACAUUUCGGACUAUAGUAUCAGCCUAGAAGUUUAAUCUUCAGCAGUCAGUCUAGUUACGUUUGCAUGUAAAUGACUAAUACACUAUGACGUAUCGGUGAAGAAAGGAGUUACACGUACUGUGGUAUGCUUGGAGCAUCUUUAUACAAAAUGCUAUAGGUGAAAUACAGUAAGCCGAAAAGAAAGAAAAAAACUUAUUCAGAAUAAAACGUAACACUGUGAUGCAAAGAAUGAGUUUUAUAAAUCAUUCAUAUAUGCUAUAAGUAACGAGAAAAAAAAACCCCGUUAUUGUACAGCACUACAUAUACAUUAGGGUAGUCCUUGUUUAUGGUGUUGACGAAUUUUUACCGAAAUUCUCCGAAAUUCGUCUAGAUUGCCUGGUACGAUGAUGUGUAUUUUUUCCCAGAUAGUAGCACUAAUUCUCACCAAAACCUCGCGGUUACAGAUUAUUUGGAACAUUAUGACUCUUGCAAUAAAAUAUAUACUAAAAAAAAAGUUUUACCCAUGUUAAUUUCGAUAAGAAACUUCGAUCACAAUGCAGACUAUCUUAAAGUCUAUGUAAAAAUCUGAAAAAAUUAGACGAUUGUUUUCGACUUAUUUGAAGUCGAUUUGGGGGAUGGUCUGGCAAAAAUUCGUCGACACCCUGAAUAAGGAUCACCCUUAUAUACAUAUAUCUGUGGCACUAGCAUAUUAUAGGUAUGUCAAUAAUGUACUCAUUGAGGGUAAAAAUAGCUCUCAAUGGUUGAGUAAUGAAAAUAGCCGGAAUAUGUUAUAUUCCAAGAGUUAAAUGAAUUAGUCAAACUGCGAAUUAUGCAAUUAUCUUGCGCUUGGUGCGUUUUCGCUCGAUUUUAGAAAAAUAUUUUUGUUUUGAUCUGAUAAAUUGCGUUGCAUUUAAACGACACUAUAUUGGUAACUUUGAUGAAAUACGGAGGAAAAUAGGAUAAGUAAAAUAGGAAGAUGAGUAUAUUGUACGAUGAAAUGCAUACGAAAAUAAUAGAAUUGAUAAUUGUGUACUAUGUUGAAUAUUCAUGUAAUAUAAAUUAUAUACAUACCUAUGGUACUAAUGUACACAAUAUAGUAAUGAACUGUGUCAUUGGGAUUUUUUUUUUUUUGCAUGUAUUCAGUGAACACGGCAGUGGAUGAGAUGGUAUGUAUAUUGCAGAUUUAAAUCAAAGAGUGAAACUUGUACAGUUUUGUACAUAGCAUAAUCAACUAUUACUAUUCAUGCGAUAAAAUGAUUAUAAACUGUAAAUAACGCUGCCCUGGUAAAAGAGAUGACAAACAUGAUGAUUAUACAAUGUAAAUGUAUAGUUUUGCAGAAAUGAUUCAUUUUAUGACACCACUAUUUAGAGAACAUGUAAUUUGAGGUAGCGAAUAUAAUACUAAUAACAAUCUGAACGUAAUGAACAAAUUUUCUGCACGCCCAAUCAGACGAAUAUUGCAAAUAAUAUGCAUCGAGUGAUGUACUUAGCAUUGUGUAAUAUAAUUGCGACAAAGAUUAGUUCAUUUUAUAUUUAUAAUAUCAUCUAGUGUCCGAAAGGUGUAAGGUGAAGAUUAUGCAAGGCAUUUUUGUAAAUAUAUGCAUACAUGCAUACCAGUAUGCAACGUGUAUAUGAUGAAAUGUAAAAUGUUUUAUUUUUAGUCGCUUAGUUAUAAUGGCCUGAUAACGUGUAAACGAAUGCAAAUAAUUUGUUCAGAAAUAACUAUGGAUGAAAAUUGUUGAUGUAUUAAAGAUGUAUUAUUAUAGAAAUCUGUAUUGAUCCCUCA